AUGGAAAAAGGUCACAAAUUAAAGUGAAAUGUAGUAAUAUUUUGGGUAAAAACAUGCAUGGGUUUUGUCGUAAUUUUGGUUAAAAGGCAGAUUGAAAAUAUAUAGACUGUUAUUGGAGUGUUUAAAUCGACAUUGGGGUUUUUUAUGAAAAAAACGUCAUGGCGGCCACAUUUCAAGCACUGGAUUAUAUACUUUUUGUCGCAGUUUUGUUAAUUUCGGCAUUGGUUGGAAUAUACUAUAUUCUUAAAGAAAAAUGGGCGGUAAAACAGGCCACAUCAGACGACCUCCUGAUGGGAGGGCGGGAAAUGGCGGUAUUUCCGGUCGCCAUGUCUCUAAUAGCCAGCUACAUGUCGGCGAUAACAGUGCUGGGAAUUCCGACAGAGAUGUAUGUAUUUGGGGCACAGUAUUGGCUUGUGGCGUUGUCGGGACUGAUGACUUACCCAGUCACGUGUCACGUGUUUCUGCCUUUCUUUCAUAGCAUGCAGCUCAGCAGCGCAUAUCAGUACUUGGAGCUACGUUUUAAUCGUGCAGCGAGAUAUCUGGCAUCAACUAUUUUUGCAAUAGAAAUGGUAUUGUAUAUGGCUGUUGUAUUAUACGCCCCAUCGCUUGCUCUGAAUCAAGUUACUGGACUGUCGUUAUGGGGCUCUAUUCUCAGCGUUGGUGCUGUUGUCACAUUUUACACAUCGAUGGGUGGACUGCGUGCGGUUUUAUGGACAGACACGUUUCAGACACUCGUAGUUAUAGCCGGGCUUAUCGGUAUAAUUAGUAUAGGUUCGAGUCAAUUAGGGGGCAUUACCAAAGUCUGGGAGAUUGCAGACGCGGGAGGCAGGAUUAACUUUUGGAAUUUUAAUAUAAGUCCCUUUGUGCGAUGCACAUUUUGGGGCUUGACGAUCGGCAGUUUCAUUGGCCAGUUGACAAUAUAUGGAGCCAAUCAAACGAUGUUACAGAGAUAUAUGAGCAUUAGUGACGUAAAGAAAUCUCAACUAGCGUUGUAUGUGUCACUUCCGGUAACGAUGGGACUGGUUUCCUUGGUGUGUAUCGCUGGACUAGUUAUCUACGCGGCUUAUCAUGACUGUGAUCCAUUCCUGGAUGGAAAGUUGAUAGCAAGAGAUCAGUUAUUACCCUACUAUGUGAUGGAAACACUUGGUCAUAUACCUGGUGUACCGGGACUGUUUGUGGCUUGUAUAUUUAGUGCUGCACUCAGCUCCAUAUCCUCGUGUCUAAAUGCUUUGUCUAUCACCGUACUUGAGGACAUGAUCAAACCCGCUACGGAGAGCUGGAAUUUCAAAUUUACACCUGAUGAAGAAACGAGGCUUGCGAAAAUUCUAGGUAUAUUCGGUGGUGUUCUUGUUAUACUGUUCGCAUUCUUAGCAACCGUUUUAGGAACAACAGUACUCCAGAUCAUGAUCAGUGUACUCGGAAUGGCUGGGGGUCCUCUGCUUGGUCUGUUUUUGAUGGGAAUGUUUCUACCAUGCGUCAAUGCAAAGGGCGCCAUUAGCGGCCUCGUUGUGAGUACCGUUGUGAUAUUCGGGAUUGUUAUUGGUGCUUACUUUUACCAAGCGCCUCAACCAGAACUUCCGUUCCAAACGUCUGGGUGCGUGGAUCAUACAAUCAGUGGUUUAGGAGGAUAUGUAGAAAAUGAAAUUUAUCUUGAAAGUCCCCAUCCUGUGGUGUUCAACGAUGCGAGGAAGAUACACGAGGACAGCGGCGAUGAAUGGGGAGGAGUAAAGGUUAUCUUUAAACUGUCGUUUUUAUGGUACCCGACACUUGCCAUUGGUAUAGCCUUGGUUGUUGGUAUAUUUGUCAGUUGGUGCACAGGAUGGACAAAUACAUCUCUGAAUCCACGGUAUAUAUACCCAGUGUCUCAGGAUCUUUUAUGUUGUCUACCGUGGUCUAUUCAAAGACGUCUCAAUUGUAGUUCUUGGUGGACAUACAACGUACGGAAAGUAGAUUCUAUUUUAUCCGACAGCGAUGAUAGUGGUGAUGAAGAAUUAAAAGCCAAACAUUUCAAGAAGACCAAGAAAGGGAAAGUCAAAGUGGUACCUCGAUAUACUGAUAGAAUUGACAGUUUUGACGCUGACAUGAGUGAGUCAGAAAUUUGACGUGGUAUGGAUAGAAGUGUUCAAAACGAAGAACUGCAUGGACAUCUUGAUGAAACAAACUGAUAGUUCCGUAUCUCCUUUUGUUUUUGUUCAUACGAAAAUGCGCGUCAACAUUUUUUUUUCAUACGUAAAUGCGCAUCGUUCAUACGAAAAUGCGCGUCAAAAUUAACGUGUAAUUUUUUUUCGAAUGUGUUUUUGUGAAAUGAUAUUUGUAUUAACAUAUAUAUUAUAAAGAUAUUAAGA